GCCGUGCGCAGGAUGCGAGCGGGGGGCGGAGGUUUUGCACUCCUCUCUGCCGCCCUGGAUAAAUAGCGGCUGCGGCGGCACGGGCGGAGUGAAACUCCAUCCCCAGCAGUGACGUCCCGCGGCCGCAGCAUGGACUCCCAGGACUGCCCUUGUGCCACCGGCGGCACCUGCACGUGCGGGGACAACUGCAAGUGUAAAAACUGCAAGUGCACAUCGUGCAAAAAAGGCUGCUGCUCCUGCUGCCCUGCAGGAUGCGCCAAGUGUGCACAGGGCUGUGUCUGCAAAGGGCCCCCGUCUGCCAAGUGCAGCUGCUGCAAGUAGCAGCCCCCACCUCCCUCCCCCUCCACUGCGGUGACUGGGGGCAGUGAGGAAAACUAACCUUAUUGUAUGUGUAUUUUUAAUAUGUGUGUUCAGAUAUUGUCAGUGUUUGCCAUGUGGUGUGCCUCAAUAAAGCUCUGUGUAUAUAA